AUGAUUUUAUUUCCUUUUUUCUUCAUAUUUAUUAUUAUUCAUUCUCAAACAAUAAAACAACUUAAUCAAAUAUCUAUUAAUGAAGAAUUACCAAUUGGUACAAUAAUAACAUUAUUAAAUGAUAAAAUUCCUAAUUUAGAUCAAUCAUUAGAAUAUGAUCUUGUUAAACCAUUUUCUUCAGAACUUGAUCUUUUUUCAAUUGAUCAUAUACGUCAUACACUUAAUAUUAAAAAACGUAUAGAUUUUGAACAAAUAUGUUUAAAUAUAAAUAUUAAUCAUUGUCUUAUAUCAAUUAGUAUAGCUGUAUCAAAUUAUGAUACAAUUAUUGUUUAUACACUUCCAAUACAUAUAAAAAAUAUUGAUGAUAAUUCAAUAAAAUUUUUUGUUAAUCGUACAAUUAUUGAAAUUGAAGAAAAUGAUGAAUAUUGGUUUAAUAAAACAUAUAAAUUACCACAUGCAUAUGAUGCUGAUGGUGAUAUAAUAACAUAUUCACUUUAUUUACAUAAUUGGAAUAAACCUGACGGUUUAUUUGAAUUAGAUAAUAAAAAUUUAUUAUUAAAACCAUUAAAAAAAUUUGAUCGUGAAAAACAAAAUCUUUAUUUACUUCGUCUUAUUGCUGAAAAUAAAUAUCAACGAGAUAUAUCAAUUGAUAUUAUUAUUAUAAUUAAAGAUAUAAAUGAUAAUUCACCACAAUGUGAACAUAAUAAAACAAUAUUUUCUAUUAAUAAUAUUAAUUCAAUAUCAAUAUUUAAAUUAAAUAUAACUGAUCUUGAUGAAAAUAAUAAUAGUAAAUUAGAAUAUAAUUUAAUAAAUUAUUUAUCAGGAUUUUCUAUUGAUCAUAUUAAUGGAUAUAUUAUAUUUAAUUAUACAGAAUGGAAAUAUACAAAUGAAACAAAAUUAUUUAUUAAUAUAACUGAUUAUGGUAAACCAUAUCGUUUAUCAACACAAUGUAUUGUUGAAUUUAAAUUAACAUUUUUAUUUGAUAUUAAUUUAAAAUUAAAUAAUAAUAAUGAAAAAAAUAAUAUUAUUUCAAUUGAUAAUCUUAAUUUACCUAUUGGUCAAUUAAUAAUUAUUGAUAAACAAGAAAAAAAUUUUUAUUUAAAUUAUUCAUUUAAUAUAAAUACAUCAUUAUAUGAUAUAUUUUAUUUAAAUAAAAAAACAUUAAAUAUAUAUUUUAAUUUAAAUUCAUUAUUAUUAAAUCGUAUAUUAACAAAUAAUAUAAUUAAAAAUGAAAAUUUAUCAAUAAAUAUUUCUAUUUAUGUAUGGAAUAUAAAUAAUCCUUUAAUUAUAUCAAUAAAAAAUUAUUCAUUAAUAUUUAAUUUAAAUAAAGAAAAAUUAUUUCAAUAUUCAAAUAUAAUAUUUAUUAAAAUUCAUGAAAAUAUUUUAUUAAAUGAAAAAAUUUCUUUAAAUAAUAAUUAUUCUCAUAUAUGUUUAAAUAAUAAAACAAAAAAAUUAAUAUUAAUUGAUUCAACAAAUACAUUUCAUAUCGAUCAAUAUUAUAAUUUAAUUAUUAAAAAAUAUUUAAAUAUUAAACAACAACAAAAUUAUGAAUUAAUUCUUAAAGAUAAUCAAACAAAUGAAAUUAAUCAAUGUACAAUAACAGUUCGUAUACAUAUUUAUAAUUCAUAUUCAAUAUCAAAUAUAUAUCCAUAUUUUUCUCAAUCAUUUUAUAUAUUAACAAGUAAUAAUAUAUCAAAAUUUGUUCUUCCAUCAUUACCAUCUUACGUAAAAUAUAUAUCAUCAAAACCAAAUGAAAUUUUAAUUGAUGAAAAGAAUGGAUCAAUUACAAUUCAAUCAUCAUCAUUAUUUUCAUUUUAUUCAUAUGAUUUUUAUAUUAGAGCAAUUGAUUUUCAAAUACCAUCAUUAAGUUGUUCAAUACCAAUACGUAUUUAUUUUGGUAUUAAUAAACAAUUACCUCGAUUAUAUAAAAAUUUAACAAAACAUUCUAUUGAAAUUUCAUCAUCAGAAUUAACUUAUCAAAUUCAAGCUUAUGAUCCUGAUUUAUCAUUUAAUGAUCAAAAUAAUUUAUUUCCACCAUCAAUUGAAUAUGAAAUUGAUUCAUUAGAAAAUAUUGAAAUUGAACGUUAUACAGGUCGAAUAUUUUUUAAAAAUAUUAAUCAAUCAAUAUAUAAUUUUACUGUAAUUUUAAUUGAUUUUGGUCAACCAAAUCGUUUAAUAACUCGACAAAAAAUAAUAUUUAAUUUAAUAUCAAAUAAUAAAUUAAAUCAUCAAGAAAUUCCAAUAAUAAUUUCAACAACAUUUAUUUUAAUUAGUGCUUGUAUAUUUUCAAUAAUUAUUUUAUUAAUUAUUAUAAUACUUUUAUUUAAUUGUUAUCAAGGUAAAUUAUCAACAAAAAAAUCUUUAUCAAAUCUUUCACCAAGAACACCUGAUAGCUGUUUAAUUGAUAAUGAAUAUAUUACAACAACAACAUCAUUACCUCGUGUUGUUAAUCGUGAACAACGAAUUUAUCCAACGAUUUCAAAUGAUAAUCAACGAAAACUUUUAGAACAAAUUCAUCUUCCACCUCCAUUAUUAUAUUCAAAUGAAAAAGUAUCUAUAAAACAAGAUUAUCAACGUAAUUUAUCAAUGAAUGAUAUUAAUAAAUAUUUGGAACGUUUUGAAAAAAUUUAUAACAAUUCAUCCGAACAUCAUCUAGGAGAACCUGUAGGAUCAGUUGUGUAA